CCAUAUGUUAUUAGGUUAAUAAAAAAAUGUCAAAUUUUUCAUGGUGAACAUUCAUAACAACAUAACAUCGUGAAGUGUCAUUUUCUUAUUGUUUGUAUUGUAUUGUAUUUUCACCACGAUGAACUGCGAUUCCACAUACUAGAAGAUCACAUUAAUUUUAGAUACAUUCCUACGAAUAUACAUUUUAAUAAUUAAUUGUUGAUAGCAUACAUCCAAAACGAUAAUGGAAGCCUGCAUUGCAGUUGAAAGAGAAAUUGAUAAAGUACUAACUAAAUUUGGAUGUAUCAAUGAACAUGCUGAGAGAGUAAUGAGAGAAAUUUGUACUCAUUUUGAAAACCUCAAGAAAGAAUUAGAUGAUUGUCCUCCCGAUCAUGAGUUGACAGCCUCGCAGAUUAUUAUAAUGAAGCAAGCGAUGAAUAAAGUUCGGGAAACUGUACAGAGGCUUGCCACAGACCACAGAGAUCUUCAUAGUACUGUUUCCAAAGUAGGAAAAGCUAUUGAUAGGAAUUUUGUUGCUGAUUUUGCAUCUACGAGUAGAGAGGAUGUUUUUUCUGGCUCAGAUAAAAUCAUGCUCUUGAACCAAAUAAUUUGUCAACACUUUUAUCGCCAAGGAAUGCUGGACAUUGCACAAGAACUUGCUCAGGAUGCAGGGUUACCUUCAGAAGAAGAGGUGAAGGAACCUUUUACAGAACUAAAUAGAAUAUUAGAUUGUUUGAAACAGAAAGAUCUCGGCCCAGCUCUGGAGUGGGCAGUGGCUCAUAGAGAGGCGCUGGAUGCUCGGAGUUCAAUUCUCGAGUUCAAACUCCACCAACUUCGGUUCAUUGACCUGAUCCAGCGAGGAUCUGCAGCUCAGACAGAAGCUAUCCAAUAUGCUCGAACACACCUCAGUCAGUUUGUAAACAGACACGAAAAAGACAUCCAGAACCUGAUGGGAAUGUUCCUGUACCUACCUCAUGGGAUCAGCUCCUCCCCGUACUCCCAUCUGCUGGAGCCGAGACUCUGGUCAGAGAUUUACGACAUAUUCACCAGAGAUGCUUGUUUUCAACUUGGACUCAGUGUUGAGAGUCCUCUUAGUAUUUGUAUCAAUGCUGGCUGCACAGCUCUGCCCGCUCUGCUUAACAUCAAACAGGUGAUGCAACAACGACAAGUUACCGGCAUCUGGAAUGGCAAAGAUGAACUACCUAUAGAGAUUGACCUUGGCCAGGACAGCAGAUAUCACAGUGUAUUUGCGUGUCCUAUAUUGAGACAGCAGAGCACUGAUCUCAACCCGCCGAUGCGGCUUGUAUGCGGCCAUGUUAUAUCCAAAGAUGCACUCAACAAACUUGGCAACUCGAACAAAUUAAAGUGUCCCUACUGUCCUGUAGAGCAGAACCCAAGUGAAGCACGCCUCAUCUUUUUCUAAGCGCUUUAGUUAUUUAGAUUUGGUUCUGGGUGCAAUAAAAUAAUAAUCUUUUGUACAUAGAUAAAAACCGUUUUAAUGUUAUGUUAUAUUGUGAUACUGAAAAAUAAAGAUUUUUAUAUUUUCAAUGAGCUGCGCAGCUUUUUUUGUAAUUAUAUUUUUAUUUGUUUACACAUGAAUUUUUAACAUUUUACAUCAAAUUUUCCCAUUAGUUUAGUAACUGAUUACUUCUGUCUGAAAAUUUAAAUGAGAGAAAAUGUUUACAGAUAAGAUAUAAAAGGACUGUUUUGAUAAUUGAAUCAACAACAAUGUAAAGUACAUGUAGAUUAAUAAAUAAAUUGGAAUUUU